AGUAUACUGUAAGUACUACACAUCUAGUGUUAUUGACUAGCUUGAUAGUGAUGCACAUCAGUAUCGAGUAAGUAGUACUCAUCUAGUGCGAUUGACCAGCCUUGUAGUGAAACACAGUAGUAUACUGUAAGUACUACACAUCUAGUGUUAUUGACUAGCUUGAUAGUGAUGCACAUCAGUAUCGAGUAAGUAGUACUCAUCUAGUGCGAUUGACCAGCCUUGUAGUGAAACACAGUAGUAUACUGUAAGUACUACACAUCUAGUGUUAUUGACUAGCUUGAUAGUGAUGCACAUCAGUAUCGAGUAAGUAGUACUCAUCUAGUGCGAUUGACCAGCCUUGUAGUGAAACACAGUAGUAUACUGUAAGUACUACACAUCUAGUGUUAUUGACUAGCUUGAUAGUGAUGCACAUCAGUAUCGAGUAAGUAGUACUCAUCUAGUGCGAUUGACCAGCCUUGUAGUGAAACACAGUAGUAUACUGUAAGUACUACACAUCUAGUGUUUUUGACUAGCCUGAUGGUAAUGCACAUUAGUAUAGAGUAAGUAGUACACAUCUGGUGCUAUUGGCCAAUGAAAAAGGACCAACUUAAUUUCAAUCUCCAACGUGGUUGUUCAUAUGUGGCAGAACUUUUAGACUUAAUAUUUGAUCAUGUUAGAAAUGUACUUCUGUUAAUUUAAUAUGUUAUAACUAGUUAAGAUGUCGACUCCAGCGAAGAAGUCAAUGGCGACAGGGAUCAAUAUGGACCUGGUCAUGAUUGAUGGAUUUGUGCUGUUAGCUAUGAUAAUGGACAACGUGAAGAGGUUAAAGGAUCUCUCCAUCCGUGGCGAUGAUAUUUUCCUUUGCACGUACCCAAAGUCAGGCACUCACUGGACAUGGGAGAUCCUCAACAUGAUCGUUGCAGGCAAGGCUGAGUACGUCAAACAUUGGCAGAAUUCUGCCUGGCUCGAAUACAGAACCCAGGAAGAACUGGAGGAACUGGCAUCACCAAGGAUAUUCCACACUCAUCUGCGUCCAAGCCAACUACCAGAUGCAGUGUGGAACCAAAGAUGCAAGGUGGUGUACGCCAAGAGGAAUGCGAAGGAUUGCGUGGUGUCGUUCUUCAGUCAUUUCAGCAAACAGAUCUGGAAGGACAACCCUUUAGGGAAACGUUCCUACACCGGCAUCUGGGACGACUUUAUAGAUCUUUUUCUCAAUGGAUGGUUACCUAGUGGACCGUAUUUCGAACACACAAUUGAGUGGACCAACCUUUCUGAAGCUCACAAAGACAUGGAAAUUUGCAGACUGCAGUAUGAAGACAUGAAAAAGGAUUGCGUUAACGAAGUAAGAAGAAUGGCAGAAUACCUGGGACGCCCUCUAUCGGAUCACACAUACCAGGCAAUAUCCGAUGCUUGCUCUUUCAAAAAUCUCAAGCACGCUAACGAGAAAAUUAAAGAUCAAACCUACCACGUUCACUGGCAAGAUGGUUCCAGUGGAUACUUCAGAAAAGGUACAACUGGUGACUGGAAGAACUGGUUCACUGUGGCCCAGAGCGAGCGAUUUGAUAAAGUAUAUGAAGAAAGGUUAAAGGAAACCUUUCCAUAUUGACAUCUGUAUAAAACAUGAGACAUGCUUGUCAAUGUAAAGUGAUUUUAGGGACUAUGACGGCUGCAAGUAUAAUUUUCAAACAAGUCACAUCUAAUUAUUGAUUUCAGGCUUUUUCAUGAUUCAUGUCAUGUUCAUAUGCAGAUAAAAUUGAAAAUCAUUCAGGAUUGUGUAGUUACAUGUACAUUUAGAUUGUUGUUUUGUGGAAAUCACCAUGUGAUCAGCAGAAUAAAUGUAAUCUCACAUUCAGCUUUUGAACAAGAGUCAUUAUAAGCUUUUUAAAAUUGAGCUUUCUUGGACCUUAAUCCAGCUGACAGCCAGACGUUGGGCCAACGUGGGGCCAACGUUGGACCAACGGUUGUUUCAUACCUACCGGGCAGCCUGAAAUGUUUGUACCAAUCCAGAUUAUGAUAUCACUUCGCAAGCAAUACAUUCCGCAAACUGAAUUCAUUUUUAACUCUAUCCAUAAAACAGCAGGCCAAUCAAAUGCAUCAUCUCUUGGCAUGGUACCUCUGAAUACAAUCCAAUUGGAAGAUAUUUGUAUUUCCCAAGAAUUUGAUAAUUACUAACCAUCAGACAACAGGCAUUGCACAAAGACCCACAUAAUCAUGUGGAACUUCUGAAUUUCUCUUGGUCAUACCCCGUACAUUCAGCAUUGAGG